AUGGCGUUUUCAAUGUCAUUCUCGCCGAGAGCGCUACUCUGGCUGUCUAGAUUAGGACUGGCCUACGUGGUGUUAUUCAUCUGCCUGAUAUUUUUCACCGGCGUCUCGGUCAUCAUUCCCCAAUUGUACGGAAACUCGCUAAUCCAUUACGUCAUCGGCGUCUACAUCUUCAUCGGGGUGUCGGUCAAUUUGUUCUACUGCUACCGUUUCAACAGUUUCAUAGAGAAGAAGGAGAAGCAAGCAGAGAAGGAUUUGUCAUCAGUUUCAAGCGCCAGCACCACUCAUUCACAUGAUUCUACUACUAAUUCGUCUGGGUGUUCGACAAAAGAUUCAGUCGAUCAUCAUGUAGAUGGCGUAGUUCCAUCCAGUGGCCACAGCAAAAGUCAUUGCGAUGUCUGCAACAUAGAAAUGCCCCAUAGAUCUCAUCAUUGCAUACUCUGCCAGAGGUGUGUCCUUGUAAGAGAGCACCAUUGUUUCUUCAUCGGCUCUUGCAUUGGACAAAAGAAUUUAAAAUACUUCAUAAUAUUUCUCUUUCAUCUCUCAUUCGGUUGCAUGUAUGCACUCUGCUUGAAUUACAAGUACCUGACAAUGAACUACGUCUGUCCGAUCUCAUGGAACUUCUUCGAAUUUUUCCCGCCAAUAACUCUCAUAGAAAUUUUAUUAGACUACAGGACAUGGACUUUUGGUUAUUAUGUCUUGGGUCUGUAUGUCACCCUAACUGGUUUCAUUGGAUCGACAUUCGGCUACGUAUGGUAUUUCCUAUUAGUAUUAAUGGGUAUUACAUCUCAUGAGUAUUAUACAAAAUCGUCGAGGUCGAAAUUUGGAAAGUAUUACAAUUUUAAAAUGGUAUUUGGUAGGUAUUGGUACAUAACUAUACCGUGCCCGCUGCCAGUUUUUGAAGAUGCUCAUUCGAAAUUUGAUGUGAAACUCGUUUAG